AUGCAAAUGCUAAACAAGCGCUACCCCAAGAACUGUCUACUGACUGUCAUGGACAGGUACUCGGCCACUGUUCGCAACAUGGAGCAGGUGGUGAUGAUCCCCAGCCUUCUGUUGGAUCUGCAGCUCAGUGGGCAUGGGGGCCAGAUCCAGGAGGGUGCCCCUGAUCUCUACAAAUACUUUACUAUGCUCAAGGCCAUCCUCGUGGACGUAGACCAUGGGCUGCUGCCCCGAGAGGAGUGGCAGGCCAAGCUGGUAGACAGUGAAGCUGAUAACGAGGCUGAGAACGAAGCUGCCGAGAUGAAGGAGAGCAAGAAAGAGGUCUCUGGAGAGCUGGACCUGGAAGCCCAGUUCCACCUACACUUCUCUAGCCUCCAUCAUAUCCUCACCCACCUGACCCUGAAAGCUGAAGAGGUGACAAGGAAAUACCAGGAGAUAACAGGACAGGCCAUGUAG